CCGCCGCGGAGCCGAGCCUCGGCGCCCGACCGGGAGGGGCGCGCAACCGCGCCCGCCUGCCCAGCGAUGGCGAUGCUGCAGCCGCAGCGCCGCGCGCGGCGCGCCGCUCUCGGCGCCGCCCUGUGCGGGGUCGCCACCAUAUGCCACCAGUCGGUCGGCUUCCUGGCCGCGCCGAGCAAGGCCCUCGGGCUCACCUCGCCGGGCGCCAACAACAUGGUCGGGCGCGAGGUGCCCGAGGCCUGCCGCGAGGCGUCGCCGGUGGUGAUGCACGCAGGCGGCACCAGGGGCGGCACGUGGUCGCACCCCGAGAAGACCUUUGACCGCACGAGGCAGUCUGGAAGUGGCCGCAAGUCGAUGUCAAUCAACAGGAAGGCGUGCCUCGCCUACGCCACGGCGGGGCAGACGGGUCGCCCGGAGCCCGGCGCCGCCGUGCUGCGCCGCAUGUGGGACAUGUACGACCAGGACAGGGCCUCGCUGCGCCAGCGGUACCACUGGGGCUCCAGCGACCAGAGCCGCUAUAGAAUCUUCACGGCCAACUACUACAUGCGCGUCGGGCGCAAGAAGAACGAGCAGCGACUGAGGAGGAAUGCGGACACCACGUGGGCCAAUUACAUGGCGACCACCGGCAAGAAGCUGGGCCUGCAGGAGCCCAUCAUCUACAAUGGCCCGUCCGUGUCGCCCGCUCGGCUGCGGACGAACAGUCUGAGAAAGAAUACGUCGACAAGCACAAGCCCCCGCCGAUGGAAUUGA